AUGGCGUCCCAAGGGGCAAUGUGGGGUUUCACGACCCUGCGAUUCCUUAGGUUCGCUGUGGCCAAAACAACAAAAGCGGUUCGCAUCAAAAUCGCGGACGCUACGAGGCCUCUCCAAGGCCAAAUACAAGCCAUCCCAGUGCGAAGCGGAUCUACCGGUCGCCAGCCUGUUCACCCAGCGGCACUAUUGAAACAGCAGAGACGUGGUUCAAGGUGGUUCUCCGGCACUACUACGCAGAAUAUAAAUCAUCUCGUCCGGCGAUAUAUUAGCUCGGAGCGUACAGGAGCCUCUCGAUUCGACAGGUCUAAGCUUCCUUCCUCAAACACAUCCCGGCGAAUUGCCUCGUUCUCUGGACGGGCUCCAUUUGCAAACACGCUACGACCUAACCUCACUGGUGGUGCCAUGCCGCGAACUGCCGGAGGAUACAGCAUUGGUGGCGGAGCAAGAUACUUUUCUCACGCUCCUGCGGCUCCAGCUCAAGUCGUCCAGAAUGUUUCUCAGGCAAUGAGAGGGUUCCUCCUUUCCGGCAAGAAGCUCCGAUAUGAUGGCGUCGGACCUUAUGGGGAGCGCCGAUACCGUGCCGUAUCGAAGCUCGAAGACGAAGCUAUGAACAGAAUGGCUGCCAUUCCCAGCUUCAUUCCCGGCUCUUUCAUCGACUUUCAAAUGAGCCCCGUCAUCACAGCCCUUAGCCCCCUUGCUGCCGCUGUUGUCCGUGCCUCUAGUGAUUCGAUCUUCCAGACUGACGCAGUUGCUGAGCCCACGGUUCUCGAUACGGAAGGAUUCCUCGAAGUCCUGUCUGCAGAUUUGCGUCGAGCACGAAAGCAUUUGAAGGCAGUCAUGUCCGACCUCCAACGGCUCAAAGCUUUGGGGGGGCUACCUGUUUCGUUGGAACCAGGCGGCAAGCUUCGCGUUCGCUUCCCAGGUACAGACGCCGUGUCUGUUGAGCGGCUCUGCGACGACAUGGGGAUUGAACGAGGCAUUAUAGGCCAGGACCCUGACUUUGAUUCCGCUGCGGGGGCUCGGGUAGCUCUCAAAUUCCCAUUCGCGCCAGAAUCCGAACGAGCGAUAAGCUCACCCGGCGGAUCAGCCCGGUCACUUACUGGUUACGAGCUUGAUGACGUGGAAUCAUUCCUGGAGGACGACUCUUUCGUGAGAGAAGCAUUUGCCUGCGAAAUGGCCGAGAGCCCAUGGGUUUCUGAGCCUGAAGGCUACGAGAGCAUGUCACCACCAGUGCAGCCUCAAGAGCGUGUAUCGAAUGAAUUUCAACGCUAUGACGAAAUAUACCGAUUCUUGGCGGAAUGUGACCGAGGUAAAGGAAGACUGGGUUGA